CGUCCCGGUCAUCUGCGCGUCACGGUGUAAAUACGGCGCAUGUCUGCGGGCUUUGAUAACAUCAUUCCAGUUUAUAAACCGAUUAAUUAGUAAAAAAAAAACAUGAAGAAAUUUUUCCAGGAUAUUAAGAAAGAGGUCAAGUUUAAAUCAGCGGGCCCAGGGAAAAAACUAACAGAUGAAAGCAGCGCCACGUCCCCCGUGUCCAAGGCCAGCGCCCCUCCCAAGCCUCGGCAAGUCCCCACAGAAGGAGCGCAGAUGGCGGCGGCGGCGGCGCUGUCGAGAGUUGACCAGCAACCCAAACUGCGGCCCCCCUCCUCCCAGCAAGCCAUCCGCAACCAAGUGAAGAGAGAGCUGCUGGCUGAAGCUGCUGCCGGGGUCCAUUCGAAGCCGGACGGGUCCAGCGAGGCACAGCCCUCACGCUGUCAGACAAACGGCGUUGUAUAAUAUUUCACCUGCCCGCUGACCGGAGCCACCUUAACAAAGGGCGAGCGGGAGGCUCACAUUAAAGAAGCCAUCCUCAUGAAAUUUGCUGAAGACCCGGUGGAAGCCUCUGUCAUGAUGGUGCACACGUUUAACAAGGACAGGGAGAAGGUGAAGGCAGCCGCUGAGGUCAUCGCAAAGUACAUUGAUAACAUCUGCAAAAACCCCACUGAAGAGAAAUACAGGAAAAUCCGAUUGCAGAAUAAAAUCUUCCAGGAGAGGGUGAGCUGUCUCGAGGGCACCCAGGAAUUCCUUCAGUCCAUCGGCUUUGAGAAUCAACGACUGCCUGUGCCUGGACAAGAGGACUGUGAGGAUGUCCUGGUGCUGAGGGAGGAGGCUCUGUCCCGGCUCCAGACUCUGCAGGAGAGCAGGGACAGGCUGCUGGGGGCUGAGCCGCUCAAGGCCAGGCUGCACAGACAGAGCCAGGUCUACAAGCCCUCUCCCCAGGCCUCACGCUUCGAGCUGCCCCCCGACUUCUACAGCCUGACCGCGGAGGAGCUAAAACGAGAGCAGCAACUCCGGAGCGAUGCUGUGGAGAGAAACGCUAUGCUGCGCACCAAAGCCAUGAGAGAGCGAGAUGAGCAGAGAGAGAUGAAAAAAUACAACUACACCCUGCUGAGGAUACGCCUACCCGACGGGAACCUGCUGCAAGGCACGUUCUUUGCUCGGGAGCGUGUCUCUGCUCUGUAUGAGUUUGUGCGUGACUCCCUGCUGAACGGCUGGCAGCCCUUCUUGCUGAUUGCACCAGGGGGCCAGAGACUGACGGACGAGAGCCUGGCCUUCAAUGAGUGCGGCCUGGUCCCGGCGGCUCUCCUCACGCUCUCCUGGGAUGCCGCGGUCCAGGCUGAUAUCGAAGCAGCUGGAGCUCAGAGCUUAGACGUGCUGAAACCUGAACUCAUGGGCAGCAUCCAGACCCUCUCAUGAGGGAGACCAGAGUCAUGUAUCCUGCCUGCCUGACUCCCUCCCUCCAUCCCCAAACACACAUAGUUCAUGAUUCCUGCUCAACUCUCUGUGAACGGAUGUUACUGAAACCUACAAGUUCACCUUUCAAACCUGAUACUGUACUUCCACCUCAGACUCUUCUGCCUUUCUUAACCUCCCUGUUGUAGCUCUGAGUCACUCGAACCUGCUUUCUUUCACACUGCAGCCCAGCCCUUCCCUCAAACCUCCUGUCAUGACUGCAGCUGGGAGAGUGCAGCCUUCCUGUCUCUCCCCAUACUUCACAACCCAGUGCUUUUCCACCCAGCCAAUCAGGGCCUCUGAAUGACUAAAAAAGCCUUUGGUCAACUGGAACCCAGAUCCUCUACGCUGCAGUCCUGUGCUCUGGAGAAGCUUAAACUGUUCACAGUACCAUUAGCAGACAUGCUUUUAUAUCACAGGAUGCCUCCUGAACACUGGAAACAAGCAGCCCCUGCUUUGUAACGGCACACUGUAUCGAGCUGAUUGACCAUCGUUGUAUUAUUAAUUAAAGCUUUGCUUUUUUUUAUUUGCAUUAAAUCCAUUAAAAUAAA